GACUCCUUUAGGGCUUUUACAAACCUAGCAGCCACUGUCGUGUUUUGUCGUUUGUUCCGAUUUGCAGACAAGGAUGAAGGUUAUCGCUGCUUUUCUCCUCGCGAAACUCGGUGGAAACGAGAGCCCAACCAAAGAUGAUUUGAAGAACAUCUUCGAGUCCGUUGGUGCUGAGUUCGACGAGGUGAAGACAGAUCUCUUCUUUUCUCUGGUGAAGGAUCACGACUUGACGGAGCUGAUCGCGGCUGGGAGGGAGAAGAUGGCGGCACUCUCAUCCGGUGGGGCAGCAUCUGUUGCUAUGGUGGCUGGAGCUGGAGGAAACGCUCCUUCCGCGGCUGAGCCAGUGGCUGAAUCCAAGAAGGUUGAGGAAGAGAAAGAGGAAUCUGACGAUGGUGAAGGCAUGAUGAGUCUCUUUGAUUGAUUCAGUUUAUCUUAUCUGAUUAAGUACUAUGGUCUCGUAUGGUUUAAAAGUUUUAAUUUC